UAAAGUAGAUAGAAACAGGAAACGGAUCAUCGAAGAUUGACUCGUGUUAGAGCGAAAUAGACUAGUUUAUCAUUUCAGUUAAUAUUAUUUAUAGCCCAAAUAAAAAAUGACUUAUAUUACGAUCUGGGAAGAAUUUGCCAAAGCGGCCGAAAGAUUGUAUUUAGCUGAUCCGAUGAAGUGCCGUUUCAUUCUGAAGUAUCGAAAUUGUGACGGACAAUUGAAAGUUAAAAUCACGGACGAUCAAGUAUGCCUGCAAUAUCGAACCGAACAUGCUCAGGAUGUUAAAAAAGUAGAAAAAUUGACAAGUCAAAUGAUGCGACAUAUGGCCUCUAAGGAACGUUGAUAGUUGCUUGUAUAGUUGUUAGCUUAUGUUUAUAAAUAAUAAAAUAAUUAAUGUUUUUUUUCAUUUAUUUA